UUAUCGGGAUGUAACUACGUUGUAAGUUGAGGAAUAUUUACUUGUGAACUUGGGGCCUUAUGAUAUUUAUUUCUUAUCCCAUGUUCUGGUCAGAAAUAUUUUUUCAAUGCUUUAGAAGGAUAAUAACAAUGCUUGGCAUAAAGAGAAGCAUCAAACUGAAUAAAUAUCCCGGUUUACCCCUAGUUGUGAGUCUCCUCUCUGAGACUGUGAACAAUGAUAGAGAUGAUAAUGUGUUUCCUUCCCAGGUCAUGGAGGACACUCAGGCUGUUAACUGGGAGGCUGAAGAAGAGGAGGAGACAGAGAGACCCGGUGACUCCUUGGGGUGUAGCCUGGAGCCCCUAGGGCGACUGCAUGUCUUCAGUAGUGCCCACGGACCAGAAAAAGAUUUCCCACUCUACCUCGGGAAAAACGUGGUCGGCCGAAUGCCUGAUUGCUCUGUGGCCCUGCCCUUUCCAUCCAUCUCCAAGCAACAUGCAGUGAUUGAAAUCUUGGCCUGGGACAAGGCACCUGUCCUCUGGGAUUGUGGGAGCCUCAAUGGUACUCAAAUCCUGAGGCCUCCUAAGUUCCUGAGCCCUGGGGUGAGUCAUCGUCUGAGGGACCAGGAGUUGGUUGUCUUUGCUGACUUGCCCUGCCAGUACCAUCGCCUGGAUGUCUCCCUGCCCUUUGUCUCCCGGGGCCCCCUAACUGUAGAGGAGACACCCAAGGUACAGGGAGGAACUCAACCCUGGGGGAUUCUAUUGGCUGAGGACUCAGAAGAGGAAGUAGAUCCUCUUUCUGAAAGGUAUGUGGUGAAUGAACCAAGGACCAUGUCCUCCCUUUUGGCAACAGUCGUUCCAGAGAGUGAUGAAGAGGGGCCUUCUUCUGCCCCAGAUGGCCCUGGGCCACCUUCUGCCUUCAACUUCGACAGUGACACAGAUGAGGAAGAAAGUCAGCAACCAGCAGCAGGGUGGGCCUCCUCAGCUGCUACAAGAGAUGCUACUGCAGAGACAGAACAGCCUGAGGCUGUCAGAACUGAAAUCCAGGUUGAAAAGGAUCCGUCUUUGGGGCAGGAAAGGAACAGUGACAUAAGAGUCAAGAGAGAUGCAAGCAAUGGGGUGAUUCUGGAGAGGAGCCAGCCCCCUGGGGAGGACAGUGAGACAGAUGUGGAGGAUGAGAGCAGGCCUCCAGGAAAGCCAGCUGAGGGUCAUCUCGAAAGGGCCCAGCCUUCUGGCUUCAUAGACAGUGAUACUGACGUGGAAGAAGAGGGGAUUCCCAUGACCCCCGCUAUGGUGCCCAUGAAAAGAAGGCAGAUCUUCCAUGGAGUUAAUGCAGAGAGUCCUGGGGGACCUGACCUGGCACAUCUUCACGAGAGCCCGGCUGGCAGUGAGACAGAUGUGGAGGAGGCUGAGGCCCCACUCACGGUCCCUCUGGAGCGAAGCCAAGCCUCCAUGGUGAGCAACAGCAAUGUAGAUGAUGAGGAAGGAGUGUCAGCAGCACUCACUUUGGUGCAUCUGAAGGAGAGCCGAGCCACUGCCUGGAACAGAGAUACAGAUGUGGAAGAGGACAGAGCCCAACCUCCGGCUUUUCUUGAGCAAAGCCAAACCUCUACUGGGAGAGACAGUGACACAGACAUGGAGGUGGAGGGGUUCCCAGUGGAAAAGAGAGGAUAUGUCCCCAAGAGUCACACAGACAAAGCUCAGCCAGAAAAGAGCCCGCCUCCUUUCGGGGACAGUGACAGAGAAGUGGAAGAAGAGAAGAGCUCACCCGGAGUCCUGGAGAGAAGCCAGGCCUCUGCCACAGUGGGCAUCAACACACACGUGGAAGAGGAAGUCUCCCCGGGGCCAGCUGUUACACUCCCAGAGAAGCAUGAGGUGCCUGUGGCAGGCACAAAUCCAACAAAUGUGGAAGCAGAAGGGGGCCCAGCAAAGCUGCCUGCCGUGCGCCUAGAGGAAGCCCGGCCUCCUCCAGACACAGGUACUGCAGGGGAACCCACCCAGGCACAGAGAAAGGGAGCCCAGCCCCCCAGAGAAAGUGGGGGAGAACCACAUGUGGACAUGACCAAGAACUGUGGACACAGCCAUGAUGAUUCUGAAGAUCUAGACCAACAGGCUACCCAGUGCUUUGUGGAGAGAGAGAACCAGAGCCCGGAAGCAGUCCCGAGCAUGGAGGAUGAGCCCACCCAGGCCUUCCUGUUUACUCCACCCCAAGAGUCUGGCCCUUCCCAUUGCAGCUUCCAGGCCUCAGGUGCCCUGGAUGAGCCUUGGGAAGUCUUGGCUACACAGCCAUUCUGUCUAAGAGAAUCUGAGGCCUCUGAGACCCAGCCCAUUGCUACCCACCUGGAGGCCCAUGGAUCUUGCCCCUUGUCACCCAGACUAACACCUCAAGACCAACAUCUGGAAAACCCAUUUCACGCAGAGCCAUUGGGGAUUCAAGGCGGAGGGUUGCAGACUUCGGAGAAAGGCAUGGGACCCCUGAAUUGCAAGAUGUCCCCGGCUGAGAAGGCUUCUAGGGGUGAUCCAGGAUCCCUAGAUGUUUGUCUGCCUCCAGCAGUCCCUGAAGCCUCAGCCCCAGUCCAAAACUCCCUCAUCCCUCAGAGUCAAAAACAUCUUGCUUCUCAGCCUCUCUUUGCUCCAUCUCCACCUUUAGAGUCGCCCAUUCCCAGCUCCAGGCAAAAUGGGAGUCAGGAAGCUCUGGAGAAUCCCUUGUCCUCAGAGCUGGACCCUCUUCAUGCAAAAUCCAAAUGCAGGCCCCAGGGGUGCUCCAGGAUGACACCCUCUCCAGCUUCUAUAGCCCCUGAGCUCCACCCUGCCACCUCCAGAGAGCAGCCUGUCCCCCCCGAGCCCGCAUCUCGGGCCUCGCGGGGCAGGACACACAGGGCCUCUGUCAAGACCCCUGAACCGACUGUCCCCACAGACCAGCCUGUCCCCCCUGAGCCCACAUCUCGGACCACACGGGGCAGGACACAUAGGGCCUCUGUCAAGACCCCUGAACCGACUGUCCCCACAGCCCCUGACCUUGAACCUCUGACCUCUACAGACCAGCCUGUCACCCCUGAGCCCACAUCUCGGGGCAGGACACAUAGGGCCUCUGUCAGGACCCCUGAACCGACUGUCCCCACAGACCAGCCUGUCCCCCCUGAGCCCACAUCUCGGGCCACACGGGGCAGGACACAUAGGGCCUCUGUCAAGACCCCUGAACCGACUGUCCCCACAGCCCCUGACCUUGAACCUCCGACCCCUACAGACCAGCCUGUCACCCCCAAGGCCAUAGCUCAGGGUGGUCGGAGCAGGACACUGAGGUCUACAAGAAGUGCUGUGCCAGUUCCUACCACCCCUGAAUCCCAGUCUCCUUUCCCCACAGACCAGCCUAUUCCCCCUGAGCCCAUCCCUCAAGCCAAUUGUAGCAGGAGGCCAAGGGUCGCUAGGCAGCCCCUCGCAGCUCCCAUUGUCUAUGAACCCUGCUCUGCACCCCUUGAACCUAACGCCUGGUCCUCAAGGAGCCAAAGGCGAGGAGCAGUGAGAGCAACCAAGUCCCUUAGGACCAUUCCUGAGCCUGCCUUUGCCCAGCUUCCUGGGGCUCCCACUCAUGCUCUCCAGAUCCAAAAGGUAGAGGCAACAGGUGGAUAUGAGUUCAGCCCAGGGUCCCCGCCUAAGGCCUUUCAAAACCACAAGAAGCCUUCAGAUACUGUGCAUUCACCCCCACUUCCAAAACGGCUGCGAAGAGAAGUCCCUCAGAAGACAGUGGUCCUCAAGGAAGAAGAGGAAGAGAAGCCAGGGAAGGAAGAGGAUGUGGUGAUGCCAGGACCAGGCAAGAGAGAGAGAGACCAGGCUGAGGAAGAGCCCAAAGGAAUGCCAGUCCGCAGCCUCCGACGGACUAAACCUAGCCAUGAGUCCGCAGCCCCCAAAGUGCUCUUCACAGGAGUGGUGGAUGCCCGUGGAGAGCAGGCAGUGCUGGCCCUGGGGGGAAGCCUGGCCAGCUCAGUGGCAGAGGCGUCCCACCUGGUGACUGAUCGAAUCUGCCGGACAGUCAAGUUCCUGUGUGCCCUAGGGCGGGGGAUCCCUAUCCUCUCCCUGGACUGGCUGUACCAGUCCCGCAAGGCCGGUUGCUUCUUGCCCCCGGAUGACUAUGUGGUGACUGAUCCUGAGCAGGAAAAGAACUUUGGCUUCAGCCUCCGUGACUCCCUGAGCCGGGCUCGUGAGCGAAGGCUGCUAGAGGGCUAUGAGAUUCAUGUGACCCCUGGAGUCCAGCCACCCCCACCUCAGAUGGGAGAGAUCAUCAGCUGCUGUGGAGGCACUGUCCUACCCAGCAUGCCCCGCUCCUACAAGCCUCAGAGAGUUGUGAUCACGUGCUCCCAGGACGCCCCUCGAUGCACCACGCCUUUUCGGGUUGGGCUGCCCAUCCUCUCCCCGGAGUUCCUGCUGACAGGAGUGCUGAAGCAGGAAGCCAAGCCAGAGGCCUUUGUUCUCUCCACUUUGGAAAUGGCAUCCCCCUGAAAACCCCUCCCCAGUACCCUUUUUCUUCCCAGAUCAAUAAACAGAAAACAUUGGGGAGAAGAACUUAGGGCUUUAGGAAGGAUUGGGGUGUACUGAUCUGAUUUGUCUUGAAAAGGCUUAUAGGAAAACAAAGAUAGGGAGGUUGGGAGCCACAGAUACCUUAAGUGUGCUCAUCUUUAGGUGGACUGAGGUACCUACUGCUCAGUGCCCUGCCUCCCAUUCGGAAGCCAUCUCACUUUUCUUUGUUAUUGGAAUUCUUACUUAUCCUCCAAAACAUAGUAGAAACAAUUUCAAUGCCAGAAACUUGAAGGGAUGCUUGGAGUGAGUAAGUUUGAGGGUGGUUAUGGAAUGCUACGAAAAGAUUUACCUCUCUCCUGGCCCCAUCUUGUUAGAAGAUCCUUUAGCUUGGACUUUGAGCAAGUCUCUGCACUUUUUCAGGCCUGCUUUUCCAGUAUGUAUCAAAUUAGAGCUUAGGCUUAAACUUUAUGAUAAAUAAAUAUUCACUCUGUGCCUUA